AUGCGUCGUGCGGCUUUUCAAGCCCUUCGUACUGCCCGUCGCGUGCCAGCAUGGAAGGUCACUGGUAGGAAACCGUGCGCCGUGUCCUUCUCCAGCAGUCGGAGUCUCGGUCUACGUGCUUCCUCCACGGGCAAACACCCCUCUUAUCUCCCCGCCCCCCUCCAGUCGUCGAUGCAUCUUCGGAACUUCUCGAUCGCUGUCAUUUCGACCGCCGUCGCCUCGGGCGCCUGGUACGCUUAUCAGGGCACCGGCCAGACAUCGGCGGGUCUGAACCCAACCUCGUCGCAACUCCGUUCGUAUUCAACCGCUGGCGCUCAAGCUGAAGCCCCUGCGGAGGCCACUCGACGUGCACUGCUGGUGGAUAAUGAUCAGUUCUUUACCGCCCCUAUCUCUGGAGAUCAGCCAUUGUCCAAGCACACGGACGAUUCUGACCGUCGAGUUCUCGAAAUGUUGACCCCAGAGCAAGCCACACAGAAGCUCAGGAAGAAUGAGGAGUCAUAUCUGGUGAAUCGGGGCAAGGGAGUGGUCCGCUACGAUAUUGUGCAGGUGCCUAGUAAUUCUCCAAUUGAGGAUGAUCAUGCCGAAAAGAUUAUCGAGGUGCCGUCGUCCGUUGCGGCAGCCAAUCAAGGCGAAUCUAAGAGUGAUUGGAUGUUCUGGGCGGUGUUUGAUGGCCAUUCAGGCUGGACAACAUCUGCCAAGUUGCGCAAUGUUCUCAUCUCCUACGUCGCUCGCGAAUUGAACACCACCUAUAAAGCCGCGGCUGCAGACCCCUCUUUGUUGACGCCCUCGUCCGCUGCCAUUGACGCUGCGAUCAAGCAAGGGUUCACUCGUUUGGACGACGAUAUUGUGCACAGCAGCGUCGACAAGGUGCUCAAGUCCAACUCGCGCCGGGUCGCAGCCGAGAUGCUUGCGCCUGCUCUUUCCGGAUCUUGCGCCCUUCUUGCUUUCUACGACUCUCAGUCUAAGGAUUUGAAGGUCGCCUGCGCAGGUGACUCUAGAGCUGUUCUGGGUCGUCGUGCUGCGAACGGUAAAUGGACCGCAACGCCUCUUUCUGAGGACCAGACUGGUGGAACUCCGUCUGAGAUGAAGCGUCUACGGGAGGAGCAUCCCGGGGAGCCUAACGUUGUGCGCAACGGACGGAUUCUCGGACAGCUCGAGCCGAGUCGCUCUUUCGGAGAUGCAUUCUACAAGUGGAGCAAGGAUACUCAGGACAAGAUCAAGCGACAGUUCUUUGGUCGCACUCCCCAUCCCCUGCUGAAGACUCCUCCCUACGUGACUGCCGAGCCAAUCGUCAGCACCACAAAGAUGGAGCCCGGCAGCGGUGACUUCCUCGUCCUUGCAACCGACGGUCUCUGGGAGAUGUUGAGCAACGAGGAAGUUGUCGGUCUUGUCGGCCAGUGGGUUGAGCAGCAGCAGCAGCUCGGCGCCAGUGGCAGCAACAAGGCCUGGCUGAAGAGCUGGUUUAGCUUUGGUAACAAGUCUGAGCUGCCUGUUGAGGGGCCCAAGGCGACCGACGCUGAAGGCCAACGUCGUCCCAUCCGUCAACAGCAGUACGACAUCGCUGGAGCAGCCAGCCGCUUCACCGUUGAGGAUCAAAACGCUGCGACUCACCUUGUGCGCAAUGCCAUGGGAGGAAAGGACAAGGAGAUGGUCUCCGCUUUGCUGACUCUCCCCAGUCCUUAUUCCCGCAGAUACCGCGACGACGUAACUGUCGAGGUCAUCUUCUUCGGCGAGGGCCCUGACAACCGCACCGUCACCAUCAACGAAGAGGCCAGCGCAUCCGAGGAGAGCGUCAAGGCCAAGCUGUAG